GAUUUGUAAUUUGUGUGAGGUGGUAGUGCACAUCCUGUUCAAUUCCCUUUCUUUCUCUUUCGGUAACUUCAACUGACGAGUACCAUGAGUUCCCUAAAACUGCAAAAGAGGCUGGCUGCCUCCGUUAUGCGAUGCGGAAAAAAAAAAGUGUGGCUAGAUCCGAAUGAAAUUAACGAGAUUGCUAACACUAAUUCUCGUCAAAAUAUCCGCAAAUUAAUAAAAGAUGGUUUGAUCAUCAAAAAGCCUGUAGUGGUGCAUUCCCGCUUCCGCGUGCGCAAAAACACCGAAGCUCGCCGUAAAGGCCGUCAUUGCGGCUUUGGCAAAAGGAAAGGUACUGCCAAUGCUCGUAUGCCAGUGAAAUACUUGUGGAUGCAACGUCAACGUGUAUUAAGACGUCUGCUUAAAAAAUACAGAGAUAGCAAGAAAAUUGAUCGUCAUUUGUAUCAUGAUUUGUACAUGAAGUGCAAGGGUAACGUUUUCAAAAACAAGCGCGUACUCAUGGAAUAUAUCCACAAGAAGAAGGCCGAGAAACAACGUAGCAAAAUGCUUGCUGAUCAAGCUGAAGCAAGACGACAGAAAGUGCGUGAAGCACGUAAACGGCGUGAGGAGCGUAUCGCUAAUAAGAAACAUGAACUUAUUAGCCUACAUGCUAAAGAGGAUGAAGUUGCAGCUCAAGCCGCUACAACAGGUCCCAAAAAGUAAUUUAAAAAUUCUACAAACUUUUUAAACUGUUAAAAUUACUUUUGCAUAAUAAAAACAACAAAUAUUUACAUAAACAAAUGUUGG